AUGUUCUGCCAGAUCCUGGGUCAGGCCACAAAGCAUCUGAGCUCCAUCCUCCUCUUCAUUUUUAUUGGAGAAGAGGGUACGGGAGCAGUGCUGUAUGUCUUGUGCUUGGUAUUGUUCGAUCCAGAUGUCAGUUGGGGUAGGAAGCAUAAGCCAGAACCCUGGAACGAACGGGGUUCCUGUGAUCAGUACAAGUUCUACUCAGUGAAUGUAGAUUACAGCAAACGAAAGAAGGUCCAGGCUUCUAAAUGA